UUUGAUCUGAUGAGGGACUCGUUGGGAAGGGGAGGCGCCCGCGUCAGGAAAGCGGACGGCGCCACGACUGCUGCCCGAAUCUAACAAUUAAACUUGAUGAGCUCCGAUCGGUUUCACUUAACAAGCGCAGGUGCGUGGGAUUUGUGAUUCGGUUCAGCUGAGCGGCUCCACGCUCCUGACAGGACACUGACGCAUCUUAUGCAAAACAGAAACUGCACGACAGCAAGGCGGGAAUAAAAAAAAACGUUCUUUGAUGGUUGUCGGGACAGGACGCACGCUGCCAUGAGAACAGCACCCAUCAUUUGACAGAAUCCGAAUUCAGGAGCAGCGCUGAAUUGAUUUGGAUUCCCAAAUCGGAAUUUGACCGCCCCGUCAUUGCCCCGUUCACCACCCCAGCUGCUGAGGCAUCUUCUAAAGAGGCAUCAAAACGAGGGGAAACCUGCCGUUGCUGUCUCCCCCAAACUGCGCUCUGGACGGCUGGAAAUGAGGACCACGUCCCUGCUGUGAGAAAGACAAGUGGGGUGGCAGUUUCUUUGGCUCUCAAGGACGCAAAAAAGUGCCCGCCGGGGAACGAGCUGCGAAGCAUGAUGGAGCAGGACGACGCGGCCAGCCCGUCCAAAAAGACAAUCAUUGCGAAGAUAUUCAAAGUUCGUAAGAGGAGGGAGAUGCUCUUCGUCCAGGUGUGCUUCAUCUGCAGUGUCCUCUUCGUGGCGUGGAGUAUGUCAGCGCUGUUAACCAAGACAGGGUACGGUAUGGCGGUUAAGGGACAUCCAGACCUCGAUCACUUGGGGAGACGACUGUUGGCAUUGUCGGAAAAUGAGACGGAGCCAAAGAACUGCUCAGAGCCAGGAAUACACGAGUUCCCUGAAGACCUUUUCUCCAACGCUGAACGGAAGAGUGGAGCUGUUCUGCUGCACAUUGUGGCGACUCUCUACAUGUUCCUGGCCCUUGCAAUAACAUGUGAUGAAUACUUUGUUACAUCACUGGAGAAAAUCUGUGAGAAACUAGACCUGAGUGAAGAUGUGGCAGGAGCCACGUUCAUGGCAGCUGGCAGUUCAGCACCAGAGCUUUUUGCGUCCGUCAUUGGUGUCUUCAUCACCCAUGGCGAUGUCGGGGUGGGGACCAUCGUUGGCUCAGCGGUUUUUAACAUCCUAUGCAUCAUUGGUGUCUGUGGGAUCUUUGCAGGACAGGUGGUCAUGCUGACUCGGUGGGCCGUUUUCAGGGACUCCUUCUACUACAUCCUGUCGGUUGUGGCUUUGAUCGCAUUCAUCUAUGACGAGAAGAUAGAUUGGUGGGAGAGUUUGAUUUUGGUGGUCAUGUAUGCAGGAUACAUCCUCGUCAUGAAAUUCAACUCCAGCAUGCAAAGGUUUUUCACAGGAAAGUCCAACAAAAAUGUGGCCAACGGUAAUGCUGCAGCCAGCAGUGAGAUGGAGGAUGUCAAACCAUCCAAAGCGUACAGUCGUGGCUCGGUGGUGAUGGUGGAUGAAAUCAUGAAUGCCAGCCCUUCAAAGUUCAGGUUUCCAGAGGCGGGCCUUCGUGUCAUGGUCACCAGUCACUUUGGACCCAGAACUCGUCUGCGGAUGGCCAGUCGUCUUAUCAUUACUGAACGUCAGAAGUUGGUGCAGACGGCCAACGGAGUCGAGACACAAGUGAUUGAUGGGAAGGUGGAGAUCGAGAAUGGAAACGUGCCGGAGGACAAACCUACUGAAGCAGAGGAAAAUGACACCAUCUCGCCGUUUCAUGUUCCAAGUGGCAUCGGCAGCAAAGUGAAAUGGUUGUUGUCGUGGCCUCUGCUCCUCUUGUUGUUCUUCACCAUCCCAAACUGUGCUAAGCCUCGUUGGGAGAGGUUCUUCAUGCUCUCCUUCAUUCUGUCUACUGUUUGGAUUGCCAUCUUCUCCUAUGUGAUGGUCUGGAUGGUCACAGUAGCUGGCUACACUCUGGGAAUCCCGGAUGUCAUCAUGGGCAUCACCUUCCUGGCUGCAGGGACGAGCGUUCCAGACUGUAUAGCAAGUCUUAUUGUGGCUCGACAAGGUUUGGGAGACAUGGCUGUGUCCAACACUAUUGGCAGUAAUGUGUUUGAUAUUCUGGUGGGUCUGGGGGUCCCCUGGGCCAUUCAGACCAUUUGUGUCAGCUAUGGAUCAGAGGUUGCCAUCAACAGCCGGGGGCUGGUGUAUUCAGUGGUGCUUCUUCUGGGCUCUGUGGCGCUCACGGUGCUUGGGAUCCAUUUUAACAAGUGGCGGCUGGAUUUCAAGCUGGGCGUGUACGUCCUGGUGUUGUAUGCAGUCUUCCUCUGCUUCUCCAUCUUGAUCGAGUACAACGUCUUCACUUUUGUCAACCUGCCCAUGUGCAUAGAAGACUAAAGCUCAGCAGCAUGCCUUGAAAACCAAACUCUCAGCACUCCAUCGCAAUGUUUUCAGCCAAAUAUGGGACCUUUCCGCUGGCUGCAUUUUCUUUUUUGCUUGCAGUUUUUUUUUUCUUUUGUAAUCCUUUAGUCCCAGAUGUGAAUUUUUCUUAAACAGGAAAUACUCUGUAAGAUCGGACUCUAUUACGUUUCCAGAUUAUCCCCUUUUCGCACAGUGCUGCUUCUUUAGCUGAUAGUCAUUUAUUGUUAAGGCAGUAACGUGUUUUUUUUUUUUUUUUUUUUUUUUGCACCUGAUGACUUUUCCAUCCGGCAUGCCUUUAGAUGUCAGGGACCUUAAGAAUCAUAAGUGCCCCUGUUGAUUGUUUUCACUUUGCCAUUUCCAAAGCCUUUUUCCACAAAACCAAAAUUAGAGUAUUUAAAGUUCUGAUUCUAAUUAAAGCUGUCAAACAGCAUUGCUUUAAAAAAAUAAAAUAAAAAGAGUAAGAUUUCAGUUAAGUGUUGGAAUAAAAGCAGGAGGGUCUUGUCUCUGGCAGCUCCUCCCCUCCUUCAGCUUUGAACCGAGUCCUCUGGCAUGACUUUGGGCAUCGGGGACAGUUCACUUCCUGUGUCACUUUAACCCUCAUCUGCUUGAUCAGAACUGCUUUGCUUUAUAUAUAUAAAAAAAACAACCUGUCGGGACACUUGGUGUGUCAGGAUGUAUCAUAGUCCAGAUCAGCUGACUCUGAGGGGGUCAUGCAUCUGCACCAGUGCACAAUGUACAUUUGUAAACACUUUUUUUGUAUAUUUUUUCAAAUCAAGGUUUUGUCUAGAUUUUGGGGGGAAAAACACAAAGCGCUUGUUUAAAGAAAAUAUCAGACAUUGCUAGUCUUUCACAGAAAUUGCACAUGAAAAGGAAAUGUUUUCUUGCUUUUGUCUUGAGAUCUUCGCCUCUCACCAUCCAGCGUUGGGUUGUUUACUCCAUCUCCACAAAUCUGGAAUAGAAAAAGCUGAACUGGAUGAAUCUAACCAUGUCAGAAACUGCAGCAGUAUGGAGUUAUUCCGCUAAUGUAAAUAAAUGUCAAGUUUUGACUGUCUGCUACUGCAGUUGAAGCAAACACAUGGUUAUCAGGGAAACUCUGAGAUGAGCCUCGAGGAGGCCAAGAUGGUAACGGUGUCAUGGCUUUGAGUUACAUGUAGAUAUUGCACUUUAACAGCCGUCCUCCCAUUCUAAAUCCACCAGUGCUUCCUUCUGUGCGUGUGUACUUUCAGUGUAUGUGUCUGUGUGACUGUAUGGUUAUGCAAGAACACUGUGCUAGCUCGGUUCGGUCCCACGCCAUGUUACUCACACUGGCCUCUGGAUUCUCCAAAAGACUGAAACCUCUUCAAUGUGAGCACAUCUGUCUCCAGUGCAUCCUGGGACGCGGCUCCUCCACGUCGCAGCGCAAGGCUGAGGGGCCUCUGGGUUUCUCCAUGGAUACUGCCCGGCCCGUUUCACAAAAAUUGGCAGCUAAGAGUACUGCGAGUCAGCCAUCAUGCAAAAAUACCUGUGAGGAGACUGUAAAUGAGGUGCAGAGACUGAAACAAAGUCGUGCGUUUUUGAGCGUCGUCCUCUAUUCCCCUGCCACAUCAAAGGCGGAGGGCUCUUGUAUAUGCAAUUUUAAGUGUAAAUCUAUGUGACGGAAGCCCCCGCAAGGCUGCCAUAUGAAGACUGGGCCUCCAGUGGAGAUGUGACGUCAGUUUGUCUGUGCUUGAUGUGUGAGCUCACAGGAGUGCGACAACUGAGGAACUGGGCGCACAGGAGAGGAUGUGCAGAGCGCUGGCUUGGUGGGAAGGCAGUCUUCUCCCACUGUGCACUUCUCUUCUUGCACAAGGGCAUUAAAGCUUUGCGGACCACGGUGGGAAGCAGCAGCAGAGGGAACGCAGCAUGGAUGAGUAGUUGACUUUCCUACGCUUUAUUCCAGACUCUGACAAAAGACCUUGGGGAGAGUAGACUCUAAGGAACUGAUGAGACUUGUCCCCCUUUGAGCUGCUCCUCAUCCUGGUUUUAAACAGCUGUGCUGAUUGGAUGGAGGCAGCCACACAGGGCUUCACUCGUCAGUCAAACUGGACUUUUUUUGUUUACUUCCUUCUGAGAAGAAAGCAUGUUGGUACUGUGGUACUGUACUCAAGUGGAUUCAGAAUGUGCAGAUUAUUCUUGCUGCUCUGUGUGGUUUUUGUCCCCCAGCUGCCAAGUUUGAGCACAGCGAUUGAAAUGCUGCUCUUUUGUUCCAGUCCUGCAGUGAGUUUUCACCAGUUCAAACUGUCUCGCUUCUUUGGAACAAAGUUUUUUUUUUGUUGUUUUGUUUUUGGAUUCCUUUCAGGAAAAUGGGACUAGGAUGCCAUAUUCUUGUAGCUCUGCAGAAACCCAGAUUGUAUGGAAAUCCUGUGUACAAAAUAAGCGCACACUCUAGAAAUGACGGUUUCAUGUGAGGACUGGCGUGUUACGAUUAAAUGCGACCUGAUGCACUGUGAGCUCAAUGUGAUGUGGGAGUUGUUUGUCAAGAAUAAUGAUGAAAAAUAUAUUUAGUGUAAAGAUAGUUGCUAUAAAACAUUUAUGAGGACAUCUGUAUAACUUAUAUGAAUGUAUUGUCUUGCUAUACUGGACAUAUCCAACCAAUGCAUUUUACUGUAAAGCAAUAAUGUGAAGAAAAAAAUAAAAUGAAGAAAUAAUUCCUGUA